AUGAGAAUAGAAGAACUUAAUGAGCAUCCUAAGAAGGAAACUACUAAAGAACCAACUAAUACAUUAGUUAUUCGCUUAAGAGAUGAAAGUGGUGCGAUUUGGUCCUAUCGUUUGAAAAAGACUACGAUGCUUAAGAAGGUCUUUGAUGAGUACACUCGUCGUAUUGGCAGUCAAGCUAAACUUCGCUUUAGUUACAACAAUCGGACUUUGGGUGAAUCUGAGACUCCAGACCAGCUAGAAAUGGCUGAUUCUGAUAUAAUUGAUGUCUAUUCAGCCCAAGUAGGUGGCUAA